UUGGUGGCGCUCUUGUUGUCUGCUUGGUUGGUAACCAGGAGGAAAUGCGGAGCUGAGAGGGGGCUUAAAACGUUCAGUUUCAACGAAUCCAUCAAACCCUGCUGUCGAACAUAGUAGCAGAAAGCCCAGGGUGGGAGAGGAGAUACUGGAGGAGUGAUCACCUUCACAACAGCUGCUGGUUCUUGGAAUUCCAGUAGUUACAGUUCAUAGCUGCUGUUCGGACACACCAGAGACUCAGACCUAAGGUGACAGGCAUCAAUUCUAAUGAUGUACAAGGACUACAGAGCAGGAAGAGCUGGAGGAAUCAAAUGCAGAAGAUCUACCAUGUUUGCCUGAAGUGGAAUCCGUAUUAGGAAUCGUACACACUUCACACACCAGUGCCAAAAUGCUCAUCAGCUCUGGAAAUCCAGUUCGAUUCAUGUCAUGGAUGAGCACCCAUUCACCACUAACCACACCACCGCUACAGUAAGGAAGAAUGAAGCAGUCACACACUGUUACAGAUCAGAAGAGCCAAUUCCAGCCCCCUUGCCCUGGAGGACUAAACCCGCUGCCCUUUGACCCUUCGACUAACAAUGAGCCGCUACAGUUUAACAACUGUAAUGGACCCAUGGUCACAGAGUGCCCUGUAGAGAAUGGAGCUGAGAACAGCAAGAAACGGAAGAGACCCAGCCUUCCUCCAGAAGGAAUCCGGAAUAUGGCAAUGGACUCGAGCCCAAUGGGAAUGCCAAUGUCAGACCCAGGAGCCUGGGCAACAGCCAUGAACAACCUGGGCAUGGCUCCAAUGGGCAUGACUGGACAACCUCUCAUGUCAGACUUCGACCCUGGCCUUGGGAUGAUGACUGGGAUUGCUCCAAUGAACCCUAUGAUGCCUGGACUAGGGGUCUCACAGGAUAUGCCAGUUGUGAAGGAGAUCAUUCACUGCAAGAGCUGCACCCUUUUCCCUUCAAACCCAAACCCAGGUAUUCACGAUGGCAGGGUCUCAGUGUGCCCCUUCGUUCCUCCCGCAGAUCUGCCCCCCCCUGCCACCAGACAGAGGCCCCCUGGCUGCAAGACUGUGUUUGUGGGGGGCUUGCCUGAAAACGCUACAGAGCAGCUCAUUGUGGAGGUGUUUGAGCAAUGCGGGGAGAUUAUUGCCAUUCGCAAAAGCAAGAAAAACUUCUGUCACAUUCGCUUUGCCGAGGAAUACACAGUAGACAAGGCCCUCUUCCUGUCAGGCUACCGGAUCAGACUAGGCUCCAGCACUGACAAGAAGGACACGGGGCGCCUCCACGUGGACUUUGCACAGGCACGGGACGACUUCUACGAGUGGGAGUGCCGGCAGCGCAUGCUGGCGCGUGAGGAGAGGCACCGGCGGAGGGUGGAGGAGGACCUGAUGCGGCCCCCCUCGCCCCCACCAAUCGUUCACUACUCCGAGCACGAGUGUGGACAGCUCGCGGAGAUGAUCAAAGAUGACUCCAAGUUCCCUGAAGUGAUUCGCAUCCUGCUGACAUGGGUGGAGCGGGGGGAGGUGAACCGGCGCAAUGCCAACAACUUCUACUCCAUGAUCCAGUCCGCCAACAGCCACAUCCGCCGCCUCAUGAACGAGAAGGCCGCCCACGAGAAAGAGAUGGAGGAGGCCAAGGAGAAGUUCAUGAACGCCCUGUCUGGGAUCCUGGUGCAAUUUGAGCAGAUUGUGUCUGUAUUCCACGCUUCUGCCAAACAAAAGGCAUGGGACCAUUUCUCGAAAGCCCAGCGAAAGAACCUGGAUAUGUGGCGCAAGCAAGCAGAGGAAAUCCGGAAUAUCCACAAUGAGGAGCUGAUGGGGAUCCGGAGGGAGGAGGAGAUGGAGAUGUCUGACGAUGACAUGGAGGACCCAUCGGAAAACAGGGAUGCUGAUGAGACUGGCCCGGCAGCGCAGGCGGAGGCACUUAAGGAGGAGAAUGACAGCCUGCGCUGUCAGCUAGAUGCCUAUAGGAAUGAGGUGGAGCUGCUGAAGCAGGAGCAGGGCAAGACUCAGCUCCCGCGCACAGAGGAGGAGGAUGCCACCCGCCAGCAGCAGCUCCGCUUCCUACAGCAGGCAUUGCAGGGCAUGCAACAGCAACUACUGAACACCCGUGAAGAGUUAAAGAAACAAGAGGCUGAAUUGGAGAAGACAAGAGAGGAGAAAGUGCAACUGGAGAUCCAGCUGCAGAGCAUGAAGGAGAAGGUGGAUCAACCCUCACUGAUACUUAAACAUCCAGUCCAGGUUACUAUGCAGGAGACGACAGACACAAAUGACAGAGGAAGCGACGAGAGCGCUGAUCAAGGAAAUCAGGACAGCGCUGUUUUAGAAGUUGCUUCUGCAAGUAAAGAGAAGGAAAACCAACCAGGGAAGGGUGCAUCCAGCCCAGUAAAGUCUGAAAGAGAGGCCCUGCUUGUGGGAAUAAUCUCUACGUUUCUCCAUGUCCAUCCCUUUGGAGCCAGCAUUGAGUAUAUAUGCUCUUAUUUGCAGCGUUUGGACACCAAGAUCAGCACUACAGAAGUGGAAACCCUGCUGGGCCGCCUGCCGAACACAUUCCAGCAAGAGAUCUCGGGCGUGGGGGCAAGCCUAGAGAAGAGAUGGAAGUUCUGUGGCUUCCAGGGGAUUAAAAUGACUUAGAUGAUAGUGGUUAGAUUUGUGUUCCACAAGAAAAUGAACUGGGUCCAGGGGGAUUUGAUUCUGGUGGUCAGAAAGACUCGCUUCAAAUUACCUUGGCUCAACAGUGAUGCUAGAGGCCCUCUUCACUCCCAGGCAGGUUGCUAUAGUGACAGUAGUGUCUGUGCCUUGCAAACAGUCCUGUUUAUGUUUGAGAGGAUUUCCUCAGGACUGAUAAACGGUGAGAAAAAUCAGACACCACAGUUUUCAUUCAUUCUUUUUUUUUUUUUUAAUUAACUUUCUGUCAUUUGAAAACAGUCAGUUGACAGGCUCAUUUUCGUAUUGUUUCUUGCUAAUAUAUGUAUAUUUUACCUUUUUAAAGUAUACGGUGUUAACUGUGUCUGAACAGAAACAAAUAUCUUUGCUCUAUAUAUUGUAUUAAAAAACAAACAAACCUGUUAACUGUUGGUUUUUGUUCUUUUUUAUGUUGUUUUUGAAAUGUUCUCCUAGCAGGCAUAUACCUGAUUCUGCACAACAGGAACUUGCCCUUUUGAGUUGAGGAUGUUUCUUAUUUGUCUUGGAUUUUCCCCAAAUAUUUUUUGUCUUUUAUGAAUUUUUUUUUAGGCUGUACAUACUUUCCGAAAAGUACUGACGCCUGAGCCUGGCAGAUGUCUUAUAAAAAAGGUUGAGGUAAAAAGGAGGAGUAACAAUCCAUGUGGCAGCUCCACACUUAACUCGCUAAUUUCCACAACCAAAACUGUCUGUCUACACUGCAGUCAGUUUCUCUAACCACAGGGCUUCUCUACUUCUGAGCUUUUCAGAUCUGGUGCUCCAACUGCUGUGCCCUCUGGCUACUCUCUUUGUAUAGCACAUUGAAAAAGAGAUUCAUGACUGGCUGGCUGACUAUUCUCACUGCAUUUGAUUGAACAUAGAAAAAUUAGCAUGAUGCUGGCACUAAAUAAAAUGCCUAUGUCUGCAGAUUUUGGGUUAUCAUGUAUUUCUCAUAAGAAGAAACUGUCCUUUGUGUACCGAACCCUUCUGACUUCUGGCUAUAGUAGGUCAGAGAGGCUGCGAUUUAGAUUAAUGGGAAACUUGCAGUGCCCUUCACUGGGGGGGGGGGGUGCUUAACUUCUGCAUUUGUUAUUUAUGAGCUUUGGAGGUUUGUUUUUUUGUUAAUGAGCCACUUUGCCUCAUUCAGUGUUCAAAAGGUCCUAAGUCAGUGGCGGUUUUAAGUGUAAAGCUCCAGUGUGUUUUUUGAUAAGUCAAGUAGUUUGUUGCCUGGCAAAGAGGAAGAAAAAUUUGUAAGUUUCCUUGUAAAAAAGUGUGUGUGUGUCUAUAUAUAUAUAUAUAUAUAUAUAUAUAUAUAUAUAUAUAUAUAUAUAUAAACAACAAUGUUUUGUGAACUGGAACUACUCUUGUGAAAUGUACUUUGCAAAAAUUUGAAACAGGUUUUUAGUUAACAAUGAUUCGAUGAGAUCAGAGAAACAUUAAUGUGAAUGAGUUGAAAGAUUUUAGACAAGCACAUUCAUUACGGUUUCCAAUUCGUUUGCCAAAAAAAUAAUAAAAAUGGCUAAAUCCACUUGCAGUCUAUGAAACAGCUACCUGUGACACUAUACAAUGAGAUACCUCCUUUUCCUGUGUCAAGUUCAUAGGAUUCUUUGAAGGAAUGCUGCCAUCUUAAAAAGUGAUACUGAUUUUUCAGAAAGCUUGACGGAAGGGGUAGUUAGAUGGGAGGCUGUUAUGGACUUGUAGUUAAAAACGGAUGACAGGAGGAACAAGCAGACAUGUUUUAGUUGUUCUUUUAGUUUAAUCAAAUCAAAAAUCAGUGUAGGCAAUAGUGGAUACAAAUUUAACACAAAUUGGUUCAAAAGGUGUAGUUAUGGACAGUCAACUUCAUGACACGUUAUAAUUCAUUAGCACCUUCUUCUAACCAGACACAUUGAAUGCAUUUUAAGGCAGUAGAAUUUUAUUCCAAUUGAGAUUUCUAGUUUUUACUUCAUAUGCACACUGUAGUUGGCAUUGGCUUGGUAGUGUGCUUCAUUCCCAGCAUCUCUAGUUUAGACAGAUUUACAGGUCCAGUCAAUGGGCUAGACUGCUCCCGCUCAGGUGCUUUUAUCGAGUUGCGGUCCCAGUGGAAAGUCUAUAUAAAUCUUACAACUGUUCAGAAAAGUUAAGACAAACUUUGUACAGCCAGAGAUUAUCUGUAUUGCUAAAAAUUGUAUUUUUUAGAAAAUAAAGUAAUU